CAAACGAGGAUCGGCCGCAAUUUCCCACCCAUCAAACUGCUGCUGCGGAGGAGAGUGAGUCCCUUGCCCAAUUCUGCUCAGUGGGCACUCCUGAUGCGGGCAGAGAAGCCCGCAUCAGGCAGGCGGGCAGGUUGGUCGUUUUGUUUCCAGUCGACUUUGUUUCACGUACAUCAUCACGAGCUUGGCAAUCCUGGGCCCUCGGUGCUCCUGCAACCAUCUCGCUAUUACGGAGGAGCUCGCCAGGCCCUCCUGACCCACCCCUUGCCGCUCGGGGGCACCACCGAGUUCACCACCAGCCCGGGCUGCAGCGCCGUCGCAUGCCAGUUAAUAAGUACCAUGAAGCCCCUGGUGCACCCGCGCGCCUCUGCCGCUCACGAAGUCGUGGGACGUGGACAACCCAUAUCUCUGCUCUGCCUCUACUUGUUCCCUCCGUAGUUGUUUUUGUUCCGUCCGCCUGGAGCGUUCCUUCUUUUCAUUCAACAAGAUGAAGCUCUCAAAGCCUGUCUGCCUCCUGGCAGCUUGCGCCUCGGGUGCUUCCGCACUGCUCGCCUUUCCCGGAGCCGAGGGUUUCGGCCGGAACGCCGUCGGAGGACGGACUGGCGAGGUCUACCACGUAACAAACCUCGAGUGAGGACAUCUCUUGCACCGACUCAUUCCUUGCACGGCUGACAUGUCCCCCCAGCGACUCCGGUACUGGCUCCCUUCGUGAUGCCGUGUCCAAGGAUAACCGUAUCGUCGUCUUCGACGUCGGCGGCGUCAUCAAGAUCGAGGAGCGCAUUGCAGUCGGCAAAAACAUCUACAUUGCAGGGCAGACUGCACCUGGACAGGGAAUUACCGUGUACGGAAACGGAAUGUCCUGGUCAAAUGCCAACGAGGGCAUCGUGCGAUACCUUCGAGUCCGCAUGGGACGUGGUGGUGAUUCCGGAAAGGAUGCUGCGGGAAUUGCAGAGGGCAAGAACAUCAUCUUCGACCACGUCUCCGUCUCGUGGGGCCGUGAUGAGACCUUCAGCAUCAAUGGCGACGCCCAUAACAUCACCAUUCAGAACAGCAUAAUUGCUCAGGGCCUCGAGACGCACAGCUGUGGUGGUCUCAUGCAGACUGAUGGCGGCAUCAGCCUCUUCCGAAACUUGUACAUUGAUAACAAGACGCGCAACCCGAAGGUCAAGGGUGUGAACGACUUCCAGAACAAUGUUAUUUACAAUUGGGGCGGCGGUGGUGGCUACAUUGCGAGUGGAGGUGACGGCCAGAGCUACGCCAACAUCGUGAACAACUACUUCAUUUCUGGACCCUCUACGUCUGUCACCGCCUUCACCCGCGGCAAUGCCAACUUCCACGGCUUCGUGUCUAACAAUUUCUACGACUCGGACCGAAACGGGAAGCUCGACGGCUCAGCGCUCUGCGAGUCAACGACCUGCUACAGCGAUAUGGACAUUGUCACCACGCAAUACGAUUAUUCGGCUCCUGCCCAGCUUCUCACCCCCGAGGAAGCCGUCAAAUUUGUCCUGAACAGCACCGGCGCGACCUACCCCGCGAGGGAUUCCGUCGAUCAGCUCUUGGUCGAACAGGUGCGGAGCUUCGGCAAGGGUGGCGCGCUUAUUUCCAACGAGGACGAGGUCGGUGGUGUUGGUACUAUCCUGGGAGGCACAGCGCCCAAGGAUACUGACGGCGAUGGUAUUCCCGAUGCUUGGGAGACUGCGAAUGGGCUGGACCCCAAUGACGCUGCCGACGCGAUGAAGAUCAGCGAGUCUGGGUAUGCCAACAUCGAGGUCUACAUCAACUCAUUGGUCCCGUCCACGUACGCCUAAAGGGCAGGAAACAUCAGUUUUGCGGAAUUCAUUUCCAUUCUGGGUUGUAAAUAUGAUGGAUCCGGGUUGUAUCUAGUUACGAGGCAGGGGACUCUACUUCAAAGAACCAAUAUUUCAAAUGCU